AUGUCCGGUGGUAAAGGUGGUAAAGCUGGCUCUGCUGCUAAAGCUUCCCAAUCUAGAUCUGCCAAAGCUGGCUUGACGUUCCCAGUCGGUAGAGUCCACAGACUCUUGAGAAGAGGUAACUACGCUCAACGAGUGGGGUCCGGUGCUCCAGUAUACUUGACAGCUGUCUUGGAAUAUUUGGCAGCCGAAAUCUUGGAAUUGGCAGGUAACGCCGCCAGAGAUAACAAGAAGACUAGAAUUAUCCCUCGUCAUUUGCAAUUGGCUAUCAGAAAUGAUGACGAAUUGAACAAACUGCUUGGAAAUGUGACUAUCGCUCAAGGUGGUGUUUUGCCAAACAUCCACCAAAACUUGCUUCCAAAGAAGUCUUCCAAGCCAGACAAAGCUUCUCAAGAAUUGUAA